AACACUAGAAGAAACCAGUUACUUUAGACCUGCGGCUUUCUUUUGCAUUUGAUCAUGUCAAGUGCUGUCCGGAAAGCCAGAGAAAGGAAAGCUAAGCAGGGCACUUAAACCACAGUUGUAUGUGUGUCUUCUGAUUUCAGGAAGAUCCCCGCCCCCCACCCCGCACGCCACGUUUCUAGUUCUCAGUACUGUGGUGGGGGGACAAAGGUGGUGCAGAGACUGGAACCUGAUAGAAAAAGAGAAGGAGUUUGUUAGUGUCAUGAAGCAAAAAGAGAGAGAGAGAGAGAGAGAGAGAGACGUCAAGUGUUGAUUUUUAUCAUGAGCCAUUUCUAAAGUCAGUAUCUCGCCCUGAAAAUGCGAUCACUUUUACACGGGGCAAAUAACAUAGUUUCAUUUUUCCUGGUGCCGUGAACUGGAGAAAUAGUCUAAGCAAACACUAUGAUGAAAGAAAAAAUAGAUUUUGCUUUACAUAUAUUUUAAGGCCCUUGUGUUAGAAGCAUCUGGAGAAGCGUAAGAGAUGCUUACGACCUUUUCUGUUCUAGUCGUGCCCCCCCCCACUAAUUAUUUCUAUGUCAUCCCGUGAUAUCACAUUUGUCUGUGAACCCUUUUCACUGCCUACUUGGGAGAAUCACAAAAGACUUCACCAAAAUGAACUAAUUAGCUAUGAUACUGUUUACGGUCCUUCUUUUGUCUCCUAAAUGGGCACACGGAAGCAAUGAACAAAGAAAUGGGCCCCCAAAGAUCUGUCAGAAUCUCCUACCCUACAGAACAGGUGUAUGCCAGAAAAAUCCAACGACAGUGAAUUUCAGCCCAGCAAAUCCUAUAGCAGCACUGACUUCCAUUAAAAAAUCAGGAGGGGCGCCUGGGUGGCUCAGUCGGUUAAGCGUCCAACUUCAGCUCGGGUCAUGAUCUUGCGGCCCGUGAGUUCAAGCCCGCGUCGGGCUCUGUGCUGACAGCUCAGAGCCUGGAGCCUGCUUCGGAUUCUGUGUCUCCCUCUCUCUCUGCCCCUCCCCUGCUCAUGCUCUGUCUCUCUGUCUCAAAAAUAAAUAAACAUUAAAAAAAAUUUUUUUUAAAUCAGGAAUGCAUCAUCGUGGGAACAAAAUUUCACAGCAGUGCAAAUUCAACGAUUUCACUUAAUUCAACAAACAUCUACCCGGUGCCUACCCUACCGAUGACAUCUUCCCAAGCAAGGGGGAGGUUGGAGCCAUGACUAAGCUCAGACUCAGGGGUAGGAGGAUUGGGAAGGGUCCCAGCACGUCGGUCAGGGCGUUCACACAAGCCAUCAUCUUUGAUAUGGGCCUGUUAGUGGGUGGAGUGGUUUGCCCUGGAAAAGAUCUGUCCACAGACAAGCCCCUGGAACCUGUUAUUGCUAAGUGACUGCCAUUUGAUUCAGGGUGAUAAUGUGCCCAGCAGUCACGCUACGUUUCCCAGCUGCCCUGGAUGGAAGAUGUGGCCAGGUACACGGGACCACCUGGAGGCUGCAGGCCACGUGUGUAUUCUGAAAGAUGCCUCCGACUUGGAAAGCUCGUCUGAAAUUGCCAAGCUCAUCGAGGCCGAGAGCCUGGAGGCAGCAGUGGCCCUUCAUCUGUACAGAGGAGGCAGACUCCUGCAAGGUCACGGGAUUCCCUUUGGAAUCAUCUUCGGUGGAACCGAUUUAAAUGAAGAUGUUAACCAUGGAGAGAAGAAGAAAGUGAUGGGGAAAGUCCUGGAAGAAGCCAGAUUUGCCGUCGCCUUCACAGAGUCAAUGAAGGAAAUGGCACAAGCACAGUGGCCGCAUGCUAGGGGUAAGAUCUAUGUCCAGAGUCAAGGAAUCGUGACAGGACCAAACUCUGCCUUUAACUGGAACACCUUUCUUCACCAGUCAGGGAUUAACCAAAGUGCCGAUAAUUUACACAUCUUCCUCCUGGUGUGUGGGCUGAGACAAGUGAAGGACCCUCUCUAUCUGGUGGACGCGUUCUCAGAAUGGCAUCGAGAAGAGCCUAAUGUUUACAUGGUGAUCGUGGGUCCUGAAGUGGACCCAGUGUUUACAAGGGAAGUGGGAGCCAGAGUAAAGAGGGCUGCGGGCGUGCGGCUGAUCCGAGAGAUGCCCCAGGGGGACCUACACGCAGCGCUCAAGAACUGCUUCGCGGUGGUGAACAGCUCAGUCUCCGAGGGCAUGUCUGCGGCCAUCCUGGAGGCGAUGGAUCUGGAAGUUCCCGUGCUGGCCAGGAACAUCCCCGGGAACGCGGCAGUGGUGAAGCACGAAGUCACAGGGCUGUUGUUCUCAGACCCUCAGGAGUUUGUGCAGCUGGCCAAGAGACUGGUCAGCGACCCUGCACUAGAGAGAGAGAUCGUGGCCAACGGAAGGGAGUACGUGAGAGCGUGUCACUCGUGGCAGGCGGAGAGAUGCACCUAUCAGAACCUCAUCAGGACCCUCGAGGGAAGCAUCCAGGACUGAGGGCGCUCGCCUGGUGCCCUCACGCGCCCGCCUGUGGCCGCCGCCAGACGCGCAGCCCCGGGCAGACUCCCAGAGACAGAGCUCUGGGCCACCGGGUCCAUCCCAGGACAAGUCACACCGGUUUUAUCAGAAUCCUAGAUAAACAACAUCAGUUAUAAGGCAGAA